CAUGCCGGUCCCUUAUAUAAGUUGGAGCCAUCACUUCCAUUCUUCAUAGCAAACUAAGAGGCGCAUACACAUAUACAUACAUUCAAGUAUUGAUAACGGAUAUGGCUCUCCAAACCCUCUUCCUCUUCACCCUCCUCCUCUUCGCUUCCAAAGCAGCAGCCCAGCUAGACUUCUGCGUUGCCGACCUGUCAUCCCCGGCAACUCCAGCGGGCUUCCCCUGCAAAAACCCUGCAAAGCUCACAGUGGACGACUUCGUCUUCUCAUCAGCCCUUGCGGUGCCGGCCAACACCUCGAACCCGAACAAAGCGACUGCCUCUGCUGUAAUAGUGACCCAGUUCCCAGGCCUUAAUGGGCUCGGCACGUCUUUGGCCCGCGUUGACAUGGACGUUGGCGGGUCCUUCCCCAUGCACUCCCACCCUGGCGCCUCGGAGCUCCUGCUUGUGACAGAGGGCACCAUCUAUGCUGGGUUCAUCUCUUCGGCUAACGCCGUCUACGCCAAGAAUCUUACGAAGGGCGACGUCAUUAUUAUGCCUCGAGGGCUAUUGCAUUUUGCAGUAAAUUAUGGUAAGGAGCCUGCCGCUGGCAUUGUGAGCUUCAGCAGCCCUACCCCGGGACUUCAGACGACAAACAGGGCGCUGUUUGGGAAUAACUUGCCCACCGAAGUGGUGCAGGCGACCACCUUUAUCGACCAAGAUCAGAUCAAGAAGCUCAAAGCCGCUUUUGGCGGCACAAAUUAAUUGAGUUCUCAAUCCAUCUGGAUUGCUCAUUGAUUUAGAAUGCUUUUAAUUUACUGAGAAGCAAACUGCCGUGGGUUGAAAAAAAAAAUUUCGUCAAUGUUUUGAUUUAUCGUAUUAGCUCAUGUAAUAAUUGAUAUAGAGUAACUUAUUAAAAAAAAUUGAUAUAGAUUAUAAAUAAAGUUAAUGAUAAGGUGUAAAAUUUAUGAAGUUUCAAUUAUUAAUGUAUGAAUAAGAUUUUCUGAAAAAUUACGAAUGCACACGAUGCUGACUUUAAUU